AUGCAGCUUCUCAAGUCCACCGUCUUCCUCUCGACGCUUUCCGUCGCCUUCGCAUCUAUGCGCUGCAUCAGAUGGGAAGGAUCACCCUACAAAUAUGGCCUUUGCACCGGUGACCCGAACACUCCCGACGCGGGCCGCAAUGCCCCUUGCUAUUCUGGAGCAUGGAGUGCAGAGAAGGACGACGCAUCUGUGCAUGGGAACGAUGGCUGCGACGACGUCACGACAAGGCCAUUGUGUCUGGCGGAGCGUGCUGACAGGCACGACCCUGGAGUUUCGACAAAUACUCCGAUUCAAGACGUCUCAAUCGGUAUCAUGGAAGCUCACUACCUGCAAACUCACGACAGCGCACAUGGCAGCAGCUCGACAUCCGCGGAUAAUGGUCCAACCACUUUCCGCUUCUUGGACCUGCCGCCCGAGAUGCGAAAUCUGAUAUACGAGCAUCUUCUGACCUUGCCGCCUCGAACCAUCCGCCAGUCGCCCUCCGCAUGCUUCAGCUCCUGUCAUCCUGAAAUCCUUUCAACUUGCCACCAGAUUCACCACGAAGCAGCGGGACUUCUGACAUGCCCGGCGAACGCUGAGCAGCCCUUCAACAUUCUUCUCCAUGCCGAUUGGGAGACGGUUCCUGGCACAUCGUACGGGUAUCCUACAACCACCCCGGAGCUGCGUAAGACUGUUCAGAUCCACAACCAAGGUGUCUACAAGGCCAAAAUGACCAAAUUCGAACACAUACCAAACGGACGUGUCGCAUAUCCUUCCUACCUACGUCAGGUGAAGCGUCUGCACAUUGAGGUGCAUGUCGUAGGGAAUCGCGAGGAGUAUUAUUAUGGCGCACCUAUGGUCGGCAGCGCGGUGUUUGCGAGGUCAUGUAUCCAUACGCUUGUUUCCUUUCUCAUGGAAGGGCAUUCCCUUCAGGAGUUGAAGGUCAAGUUCACCUCUGCGGCGACCCAUCCUGACAGAGGGUUUUGGGCGCCAAUGAUUGAAGAGAUGCGAACAAAAACGGACAGCCAUCCCGUCAAUCUCCUCAACAAGAUGCAGGAAAUCUAUCACCUCUGCGAUGAUCUCGUGAUGCGCGACGACGACGACGAUGAACGAAAGACAGAACACAAGCUGUUGAAAAUACUCUACAGAUACAUCAUAUGGGAGUUGCAUUUCGAUGGAUAUUUCGAGUAUAGGCAUGAGCCAAAGUUCUGGAUCUCCAAGCAUCUAUAUUGGAUGAAGGUGCGCGUUGUAAAGAUGAGGGAGCAGAACAAGGAAGCCUCAUGCGACCAGGAAGCAAGACGUGAACAAUCGAGGUCGUCUGCUCGAUCUUAUUGGGAGAUGCUGUGUGAUGGAGCUCCAGUAACGUCGGAAGUUGGCAAGGCAUGCUAA